UCGCUACUGGGAUCUACAUGGCAACCCGCGUCAUUGCGCAAGUGUCAGUGAAAUUUUUUAUUUGGGGCUCUUGCAAAGCAAUAUGCAACAAUAAUUAUAGAUUUUUUGCACUUUUAAAAGACAAAAAGCACCAAUUUAAAAUGACUUUCUUCAACUACAUCCUCCUGCCGAAGCUCUACAAAGAGUACAAAAGCAGAACACCAACACAGCGUUAUGAGCCAGCUGGAUUAGAAAAAUGGGGCGAUCAGAUUAUCACCACGCUCUACAUGAUGUGGAACAUCAGUUACUAUACAUCUCCUCUCAUCAUCACCUUCCUCUACCGACGAGGCUACUUUGUGGUGGAAUCUAUCUCCUCCCUGGCUAAAAUAUCCACAGGUUUGGGCAUCCUUGUGGCUGUUUCCCUGUGUAUUCGCGGAAUUGGUCGGUCUCAGUCACCACCUUACGUGAAAUUUGCCAAGAUCCUCAAUACAGUGAAGGGUAACAGUCGCAAUGAGGCAGCCAGGAAGGAAUUGCAGGAAUUUGAUUUUGACUUCAAAGAAUGGCCAGUAGAUUGGUCAGUGGAGGAGUGUGAAGGAGCCACACCAUUGCCCCGAACUGUUCAGAAACCCGUUCAUCUUAAAGGCAAUUUCACACGAUUGCCCUUGGAAGUAAUUGCCUACAUUGCUGUUCACACAUUCGGACUCAAAAUGAUCUAUCCAGGAUCCAUAAAGAUCAUGCAAACCUACUUUCAGCCCAUGCUAAUUCAGGGUCGAACAAAGCUGAGAGAAGAUGGAGGGAAUCGCUAUAAAUUAUUGACCAAGGAUAAGAAUGAGAUUGACACAUUCUUUGUGGACAAUCGAGGGAAAUCCACCAAUGGGAAAACCCUUGUUAUCUGUUCAGAAGGAAAUGCAGGAUUCUAUGAGAUUGGAAUUAUGUCUACUCCACUUGAAUUGAAGUACUCAACUCUGGGAUGGAAUCAUCCUGGUUUCGGUGGAAGUACUGGCCAACCUUUUCCUGAUCAAGACCAAAAUGCCAUAGAUGCUGUAAUGAAAUUUGCCAUUCACAAAUUAGGAUUCACUCCUGAUAACAUUCUACUCUUUGGCUGGAGUAUUGGGGGUUAUUCCAGCAUUUAUACGGCUGUUCGGUAUCCCGAUGUCAAGGGCAUUAUUCUCGAUGCCACCUUUGACGAUAUCCUGCCACUGGCUCUUCCCAGGAUGCCAGAAAGUGUCUCUAGCAUCGUGAGGAUGGCCAUUCGUAACUAUGUAAAUCUCCACAAUGCAGAAUUGUUGGAGCAAUACCAAGGUCCUGUUCGUCUCAUCCGAAGGACAGAAGAUGAAGUGAUUGCUGAGGAUAUGAAAUUGGAAACAAAUCGUGGUAAUUUUCUCCUGCUUAAGAUGCUUAAAUACAGAUUCCCCAACAUUUUCAAAGAGCCCCAAAUGGAAUUUGUGAAGAAGAUGCUUUCCCAGUCACUCGAUCAGACGGACUCAAACACUGAUGAUGGUCUCUGCCUGUCACUCCUGAUGACCUACACGGCAGAUUCUGGGCGACAGUAUCCCCUUGAGAUUGGUGCCAAUUUCACGGAGGAUCAGCGAAAUGUGAUGGCAGAGUAUUUGGUACGGAAUCACUUUGCAGAUUUCAAAUCUAGUCACUGCAUUCCCCUGCCCAUUGAGUUCUUCAAGCAGCCCUGGGACAUUCCGAAUGAAACUGACUUUGUCUUUACUUAAAGACACUUUGUGGCAAAGAAAGACAAAAUACGAGAAAAAAAAUUGAAGCAGAAGGUGAAGGUAGAAUCAUCUUUGAGAUGAUAGAGGCUUAUAAAGUCUCUUGCUCUUGAACCAUAGCCAGGGUGUUGUCCUAAAAAAAAAAGGUAUUUCAUGUGUCCUAAUCAUUCUGUUCUACUGUGCAGCUGAGUAACGCGAUGUUUAGAAUAAAAUUAAAGAAAUAAAAAUGCCCAUUAUUUAUAUCUUGUAUGCAAUAUUAUUAAAAUUCACAGUUCACGGAAACAGCUUAAUACACUCUCAAAAGUACACGCAGAGAUUUUUCAUUUUUUUUAAAUGUUUUUCAUUUUAUUUUAUGAAGGAAUUCUCACGAAAAUCCAGUUGGUUAAACGAGGCAAUAUAUAUAUUUCAUGAAAAUAUACCAUUUUUAGUUCCUUCUAAUAUCUUCAGUUUUUUUUAUUUUAAAAUCUUUGUAUCCUGGGCAGAAGGAACAAAAAAAUGUUUGUGCAGGCUCUAUUAGAGAGACAGAUCUAUUGAGGACAGAAGCGUGCUUCUUUGGAUAUCCUGAUGACUUUGUUUUUUUUUUCUCUUCUUCUUUUUACGUAAUUCUUUUAGGCAUUUGCUGUAUAAUUUAUUCUCACAAAAAGAAAAUUCAAUCUCAUGCAAUUGAGAGACAGACAAUUCUGAAUGAAAUAUAUAGUGUGGAAAAAUAA